AUGAGCCAGCAGGAUGUGGUCGCCGUGCUUUCAGAACGCCUGCUCGUAGCCGCCUACAAAGGCCAAGUGGAGAAUGUGGUGCAGCUUAUCAACAGGGGUGCCAAGGUAGCCGUUACCAAGCAUGGCCGGACCCCUCUGCAUCUUGCUGCCCACAAGGGUCAUCUCCACGUUGUCCAGGUUUUGUUGAAGGCAGGUUGUGACCUGGAUAUUCAAGAUGAUGGUGAUCAGACAGCAUUGCACCGGGCUGCUGUCGUAGGGAACACCGAUGUCAUAGCGACUCUGAUUCAAGAGGGGUGUGCUUUGGACAGACAAGACAAGGAUGGCAACACUGCUCUUCAUGAAGCUUGUUGGCAUGGAUUCAGUCAGUCUGCCAAAGUGCUUGUUAAAGCAGGAGCCAACGUUCUUGCCAAGAACAAGGCAGGUAACACACCUCUUCACCUGGCUUGCCAGAAUAGCCAUUCCCAGAGCACUCGUGUUUUGUUACUUGGAGGAUCUCGAGCAGACCUCAAAAAUAAUGCAGGAGAUACCUGUCUGCAUGUGGCUGCUCGUUAUAAUCACUUGCCCAUCGUUAGGGUGCUGCUCAGUGCUUUCUGUUCUGUCCAUGAAAAGAACCAGGCAGGGGAUACUGCGCUCCAUGUGGCUGCUGCUCUGAAUCACAGGAAGGUGGUUAAGCUCUUGCUGGAGGCAGGAGCUGAUACAUCUGUUGUCAACAAUGCAGGUCAGACCCCUCUAGAGGUUGCCAGACAGCACAAUAACCCUGAGGUUGCACUUCUCCUCACUAAAGCAUCACAGGUCUCGCGCUUCAACCGUGGGAGAAGCCUGAGGAAGAAGAGAGAGCGACUGAAGGAGGAAAGGCGAGCUCAGUCAGUGCCACGGGAUGAAGUGGUGCAGAGCAAGGGCAGUGUCUCAGCUGCAGACGACACACCGAGCAGUGACCAGCCACACCAGAAGAAGAGUGACCUGAAGGAUGAACCCCGGUCAACCUCACCAGAUCCCAAAGGGAAGAAGAGCAAAAAGAAAAAGCCAAAGGAAAAGGUUUCAGCACUCUCGGACCCCCUCUCCCCAGCUGAUGAGCAGACGCUCCCUCGGGCCCAGCAGAGCGUGGCUAAGCGCAGAAGUAGGCACCACUGCCCCUCGCCGCCGCCCCCGCACGAGGUCCGGGCCUACCAGCUGUACACGCUGUACCGCGGGCGGGACGGGAAGGUGAUGCAGGCACCAAUAAAUGGAUGUCGUUGUGAGCCCCUGAUAAAUAAACUGGAAAAUCAGCUGGAGGCAACGGUGGAAGAGAUAAAAGCUGAGUUUGGGACAGUACAAGAUAAGAUGAAUGUUAAGCUGGGCCAGAUGGAAAGCAAAACUCAACAUCAACUGCGUGUUCUAGACAAGCUGAUGGGGGAGCGGCUGUCUGCAGAGAGGACGGAGUGCCUGCACCGCCUGCAGCAGCACGCCGAGCUGGAGAGGAACCGGGGGGAGAAGCGGCAGAUUUCCUUGGUUGAUGAACUGAAGACUUGGUGCAUGUUGAAGAUUCAGAAUCUGGAGCUCAAGCUCUCUGGAGAUUCCAGGUCAUCGAGACCAAAAUCAACUUUGUCUACUUGUGAGUCUUCUGUAGGUACAGAGCAACAGUUAAUUGUUGGCAGAGCAGCUGCUGCUUCUGCCCCUGCUCAAGAUGUGAGGCCAAAGGACAGAGCUGUUAGUGCCAGCACGUUCCACAGGUUCCAGCAGGAGCUGUCCUCCUCCGAGCCCUUGGGCUCCAAGUUAAGACACGUUAAGGUUCAAGCUUCUUUGCAGCCCUCGACGGAAGCCGCGAAGACUGAACCGCAGAGCAGCCACUUCAUCGACAAAGGAACGCAGACGAAGAAGUCCAGCAGGAGCGGGCAGCCCAGGCACAAAGCUCCGCCCCAGGGCGGGGCUCAUCAGAGCCAGGAGCAGGGACAGCCCCCUGCCCCGCCGCUGCGGGACACCUCCCAGGCCCUGGAGAUCACCCAGUACUUCUUCGAGGCCGUUUCCACGCAGAUGGAGAAGUGGUAUGAGCGGAAGAUAGAAGAAGCCCGGUACCAAGCCACUCAGAGGGCGCAGCAAGACAAAGCUGUGCUCAAGGAGCACAUUAAAAGCUUAGAAGAAGAGCUCAGCAAGUUAAGGACUAAGGUGCAGAAGGAGAGCUAG